CGUUAAUGAGAAGCAUUGCGCUUCAGCGAGGGUAGUAUGUGAGCGUGAUCGAGGGCUGAGUGUGAGUGGGACCAUACCGAUUCAGUGCGUGUGUGUUUGAUUUCGUCGUGUUGCAGAAACAUCUGAUAGGAACAGGCUACUGCAAAAAAAGGGAAAUAGCUCAAGAUCUUAGGGAAAACACAAUCAAUGAAAGAUGGACGUUAAGGACCAAGGAGCCCAAAUGGAGCCGCUCCUGCCAACGGUACAGACCCCUGGUGGUGGCAGAAGUGUGAGGAAUGACGAGGAGGCCGUGGUGGACAGGGGCGGGACCCGGUCCUUGCUGAAAACCAACAUCGAGAAGGAGGAACUGGAAGGCCACAGGACACUCUACAUUGGGGUGCAUGUUCCUCUCGGAGGGAGGCGGUCACACAGAAGACACCGUCACCAUGGACACAGACACAGGAAGAAGGACAGAGAGCUGGACUCCGGGGUCGACGAUGGCCGUGAAUCACCCACUUACAACACGCCCUCUCAGAGGGUGCAGUUCCUCCUGGGCACGGAGGAUGACGACGAGGAGCACAUCCCUCAUGACCUCUUCACCGAGCUGGACGAGAUCUGCCUGCACGAGGGCGAGGAUGCCGAGUGGAGGGAGACCGCCAGGUGGCUGAAGUUCGAGGAGGACGUGGAGGACGGGGGCGAGCGCUGGAGCAAGCCCUACGUGGCCACGCUCUUCCUGCACAGCCUGUUCGAGCUGCGCAGCUGCAUCCUCAACGGCAGCGUGCUGCUGGACAUGAGGGCCAACUCGCUGGAGGAGGUGGCAGACAUGAUUAUGGACCAGCAGGAAGGGGCGGCCCAGCUCAGUGCGGAUGUGCGUAAAAAGGUCCGGGACGCCCUUCUCAAGCACCAUCACCACCAGAACCAGAAGAAGCUGGCCAACCGGAUCCCCAUCGUCCGCUCCUUCGCCGACAUCGGCAAGAAGCAGUCGGAGCCACACUCCAUGGACAAGAAUGGUCAGAUGGUCUCUCCUCAGUCCCAGCCUUGCAACACUGAGGGCAAGGACAACGUGAGCCGGGAGAACAGCGCUGUGGACUUCAGCAAAAUAGACCUCCACUUCAUGAAGAAGAUUCCCCCUGGCGCAGAGGCGUCCAACAUCCUGGUGGGGGAGCUGGAGUUCCUGGACCGACCCAUUGUGGCGUUUGUGCGUCUGGCCCCUGCAGUCCUGCUGAAUGGCCUGACAGAGGUUCCCAUCACCACUAGGUUCUUGUUCGUCCUGCUGGGGCCUCUGGGGAAAGGUCCGCAGUACCACGAAAUCGGCCGAUCAAUCGCAACUCUGAUGACAGACGAGGUGUUCCACGACGUCGCUUACAAAGCCAAAGACCGUAACGAUCUGGUGGCGGGCAUUGACGAGUUCCUCGACCAAGUGACAGUCUUGCCCCCAGGAGAGUGGGACCCGUCCAUCAGGAUAGAGCCGCCGAAAAGCGUUCCCUCACAGGAGAAGCGGAAGAUUCCCGCGGUGCCGAACGGUACGGCCGAGGUGAACGAGCACGGGGGCCACGGGGGGCCAGAGCUGCAGCGUACAGGGAGGCUCUUCGGCGGGCUGAUCCUGGACAUCAAGCGCAAAGUGCCGCACUACCUGUCUGACUACACAGACGCCAUCAGCCUGCAGUGCUUGGCCUCUUUCCUCUUCCUCUACUGUGCUUGCAUGUCGCCCGUCAUCACCUUCGGGGGUCUGCUAGGGGAGGCUACGGACGGACGCAUAAGUGCUAUUGAGUCCCUUUUUGGAGCCUCGAUGACAGGAAUAGCCUAUUCCCUUUUUGCCGGCCAGCCUCUCACAAUAUUGGGCAGCACAGGACCUGUGCUGGUGUUUGAGAAGAUAUUGUUCAAAUUCUGCAAGGAGAAUGGGUUGUCCUAUCUGUCAUUACGGGCGUGUAUUGGGCUGUGGACGGCUACUCUCUGUCUGGUGCUGGUGGCCACGGAUGCCAGCUCACUGGUCUGCUACAUCACCCGCUUCACCGAGGAGGCCUUCGCCUCCCUCAUCUGCAUCAUUUUCAUCUACGAGGCCUUGGAGAAGCUGAUCCACCUGGGAGAGACGUACCCCAUCAACAUGCACAACAACCUGGAGAAGCUCACCCAGUACUCGUGUGUCUGCGUGCAACCCCCGGAACCCAGCAACACCACCCUGAGGUACUGGGAGGAGAAAAACAUCACCUCCUCCGAGAUCCUCUGGGAGACCCUGGAGGUCAAGGAAUGCAUCCAGAAUCGAGGGGAGUUUGUAGGUAGUGCCUGUGGGCCUCACGGCCCCUACAUCCCUGAUGUCCUCUUCUGGUCCGUCGUUCUCUUCUUCUCCACCGUCGCCAUGUCAUCCUUCCUGAAGGACUUUAAAACCAGCCGGUACUUCCCUACCAAGGUGAGGGCUAUCAUCAGUGACUUUGCUGUGUUCAUCACUAUCUUAACCAUGGUCCUCACUGACUACGCCAUAGGGAUCCCGUCCCCAAAACUUCAGGUGCCCAACGAGUUUAAGCCAACCAGAGAUGACCGUGGCUGGCUGGUUAACCCCAUUGGCCCGAACCCGUGGUGGACCACCAUCGUGACGGUCAUCCCUGCCCUGCUCUGCACCAUCCUCAUCUUCAUGGACCAGCAGAUCACGGCCGUCAUCAUAAACAGGAAGGAACAUAAACUAAAGAAAGGCUGUGGGUACCACCUGGACCUGCUGAUGGUGGGGGUGAUGCUGGGCGUGUGCUCGGUGAUGGGGCUGCCCUGGUUCGUGGCCGCCACCGUGCUCUCCAUCUCCCACGUCAACAGCCUGAAGCUGGAGUCAGAGUGCUCGGCCCCCGGAGAGCAGCCCAAAUUCCUGGGCAUCCGGGAGCAGAGGUUCACCGGCCUGAUGAUCUUCCUUCUCAUGGGCUGCUCCGUCUUCAUGACCUCCGUGCUCAAGUUCAUUCCCAUGCCUGUGCUCUAUGGAGUUUUCCUGUACAUGGGGGCGUCAUCGUUGAGGGGCAUACAGUUCUUUGACCGCCUCAAACUUUUCGGCAUGCCGGCCAAGCACCAGCCCGACUUCAUCUACCUGCGCCACGUCCCGCUGAGGAAGGUCCACCUCUUCACCAUCAUCCAGCUCAGCUGCCUGGUCCUGCUGUGGGUCAUCAAGACCUCCAGGGCGGCCAUCGUCUUUCCCAUGAUGGUGUUGGCCCUGGUGUUUAUUCGGAAGCUUCUGGAUUUCCUCUUCACAAAGAGAGAGCUGAGCUGGCUUGAUGAUCUGAUGCCAGAGAGUAAGAAGAAGAAGCUGGAGGAUGCUGAGAAGGAGGAAGAACGAAGCAUCCUAGCAGAGGAGGAGGGAAUAGUACAAGUGCCAUUGGAAGGACAUUACAAGGAUGACCCCUCUACAGUGAACAUCUCUGACGAAAUGUCAAAAACAUCUUUUGGAAACGUUUGGAAGACGCUCAGCACAGAAAGCUCCAAAAAGGAUUCAAGCUCAAAAAGCUCCCUUUCCUAACCUCGUAGAAGCUGAUUUCCCAAAGGUUUUCCAAUAGCAGCGUAGGAAGACAGAAGAAGGUGGCUGUGGGGAGUGGCUUGGACCUGGAGACGAGUCUGUGACCUUUCCUCCAUCACUGUGCUUCUAAACUAAUGAAUAUAGUGUGCCACAGUAUACAGAUGGGUAGACCACUGUACGUUUUUGUCAUGUAAGUCCUAGUACGUUGUGUGACACUGUUCUUUAUUUUUUGAUGCGUCUGAAUCUGUGCUUCUGUGAGAAGCAAAUAAGUGUCAGUUGAGUUCAAUUUUAUUUCUGUUGUGCGUAAAUUUAAAGUGAUACCAGCAACGGAAGAAAAGGCAAAAGGAUAUCGAACUUAGACUGCUGGAGUGUAGUGGGUAAAGCCUCCAUGUUAAAGAAAGUUUUAGCCGUCUGAACCUGACAAUUGUAGAUAUGUGCCGUUUAGUGGUAAAUGCAUUCGCAGCUCAUUUUUCUCUGCUAUAUCUAAAUCGUAUGAAGACUUUACAAGCUUUUCAUUAAGGGGGUUGUUUUUGCUUAAUGUGAAUGUGGGUACAUUGUGAUGUAGAAACGAUUCAUUUCAGAUAAUGAACGUGUUCCAGAAUCAUGCAAGAUUUGCCUUCUGUCUGUACUGAUCGAUAUUUUGAUUGAAAAUGUAUGAUAAGAAAUAAGGAUAAGAAAAAUGGCUGAGAAUGAAAGGCAUUUUAUCCCAUUGUUGCUAGUAACAGUGAGGGUAAAAUGCUCAGAAAGGAAUGUGUUAUUCA